AUGACGGCACUCAGACUCCUGGGCCUGCUGGCCGGCCUGCUGGCGACCUCCAGGGCUGGCUCGGCCCCCCUGGCGGACAUCGUGGGUGGCAGGAAGGCCCAGCGGCAGGAAUUCCCAUUCCUGGCCUCCAUUCAGACCCAAGGGCGGCACUUCUGCGGGGGCGCCCUGAUCCACCCCGGCUUCGUCCUGACAGCCGCCAGCUGCUUCCAAAGCCGCAACACCAGGAUCGCCACUGUGGUGCUGGGGGCCUACAACCUGAGGCGAAGGGAGAGGUCCCGGCAGACUUUCUCCAUCAGGAGCAUCAGUGAGAAUGGCUAUGACCCCCAAGAGAACCUGAACGACGUGCUGCUGCUGCAGCUGGACCGUCAGGCCAACCUCACCAGCAGCACCGUGGCAGUGGUACCACUGCCCCCACAGAAUGCCACGGUGGAAGCUGGCACCAACUGCCAGGUCGCAGGCUGGGGCGCCCGAAAGCAUAGAGGGCGUCUCUCCCGAGUCCCAAGGGUCGUGAACGUCACUGUGACCCCGUCAGACCAGUGUCGCCCGAACAAUGUGUGCACCGGUGUCCUUACCCGCCGGGGUGGCAUCUGCCAGGGGGACGGGGGCACCCCCCUCGUCUGCAACGGCCUGGCGCACGGCGUGGCCUCCUGGUCCCGGGGGCCCUGCGGCAGGGGCCCCGACUUCUUUGCCCGCGUGGCAGUCUUCAGAGACUGGAUUGACUCAGUUAUAAACCAGCCAGUCGGAUGUGCGCCAGCCUGA